AAACAUUCUUCUUCCUUUCACGCAGCAAUUUUUGCGUGACCGCCAGCACACUCGACCACCGGUCGGGCAGCUCAUAUCAUCCACUGAUGGACGUCGGCUGAGGCUUGCUCGGCGCCUCGCUUCACCAUGAGCUCAUCCACCGUUUCUGUGUCGGCUGCUACGCCGACGCAACAUUCCUUCCAAAGGAAGGUUGAUGACAUCAAGCUGUCAAAGACGGACAUCAACUUUGUCAUCAUGGACUACCUGGUCAGUGAAGGCUACCCUCGAGCAGCGGAAAAGUUCGCCAAAGAAGCCAACAUCCAACUACCUCUUGAAGAGGAGUCCAUUCUUGCCCGCGUAGAAAUACGCCGGGCUAUUCACGCUGGUGAUAUUGAUACAGCUAUCACUAAGAUCAAUGAUCUGAAUCCCCAGAUUCUGGACACAGACCCUGCCUUACACUUCGCGUUGCUCCGCCUACAGCUCAUCGAGCUCAUUCGGGCGUGCACGUCUGCUGUUACCCCAGAUAUGACCCCUGCUAUCACCCCCGCACUCAACUUCGCUUCGUCUCAACUCGCUCCUCGUGCAGCCACGAAUCCAGACUUUCUGAAGGAUCUCGAGCUUACAAUGUCAUUGCUCAUCUUCCUCCCCGCACCAUCCGGGGAGCUACAAAAGGAGCUCAAAGAGUUGCUCGAGCCCUCGCUUCGUCGAAAUGUCGCAAGCAAGGUCAAUGAAGCGAUACUCACGAGUAUGGGGGCAUCUGGAGAGGCUCGCAUGAGGAGGCUAGUACGCUUGCGACAAUGGUCAGAGUCAAAGGCACGAGCGGCCGGAAAGGAUAUCCCUCCCAAUCUUCCUCUGGGUUUGCAAGAGGCUGAUGAGAGGCCUGCCAAUGGGAAUAGUGAGGCUGCCGACGUUAUGGUGCAGUAGAGAGGACACUUGCCGGCGCUGUGCGCUUGGUACUUUCCCGGGGCAUAUUGCCACGUGAAGGGUUUUGAUUGCUAUGCCUGUUCCAGUAAUGACCUAUGCGGGUAACACCGUUUCAGGAGUUCCAUGUUGGCUAUGAUGCCACACUCCAAUACGAGUACAGGGCUUGGUAUUUGCUAAGGAUAACCCCAAUAAUUCAUGAAUACCUUCUUCCAAUCCCAAAACCUGGUAACGUCCGCCACGGGCGAGUGGCAGGAUCCGCCAAGACCCCACCAAAUAUUACUCUUCCAAUAC